AUGUGUGGUAUCUUCGCGUGUCAUCAUCACCCUGAUGUGCAAAAGUUCAAGCCUACGGCUUUGCGCAUGGCCAAGGCUGUGCGCCAUCGUGGACCCGACUGGAGCGGCAACUUUGUCUCUGAAGGAACCAUCCUCGCCCACGAGCGUCUGAGUAUCGUCGGUGUCGACUCCGGUGCCCAGCCCCUGGUCAACGAUGAUGGCUCCCUGGCUCUGGCCGUCAAUGGCGAAAUCUACAACCACCGUAUCAUUCGGAAGACCCUGAAGACCCCUUACAACUACAAGACGCAUUCGGAUUGCGAAGUCGUCAUCCCGCUGUAUAUGGAACAUGGCCUCGACGCCCCCAAGUACCUCGAUGGAAUGUUCUCCUGGGUCCUCUAUGACAAGAACCAGGACCGUGUGGUCGCCGCUCGUGACCCCAUCGGUAUCACCAGCUUCUACAUCGGCUGGUCCUCCGAGACCCCCGGCGCUGUCUUCUUCGCCUCGGAGUUGAAGUCUCUGCACCCUGUCUGCGACAAGAUCCAGGCCUUCCCUCCGGGUCAUGUCUACGACUCUAAGACCGGUGAGAUGACCCGGUACUUCCAGCCUAAGUGGUGGGAUCCCACCAACGUCCCCUCGACACCCGUCGACUACAAGAUUCUUCGUCACAGCCUCGAGAAGUCCGUCCGUAAGCGUCUGAUGGCUGAGGUCCCCUACGGUGUGCUGCUGUCUGGUGGUCUCGACUCCAGCCUGGUUGCGUCUAUCGCUCAGCGUGAGACUCUGCGCAUGCAGGCCGCUGCCAAGGAGGCGAUCCAGAACCAGACCGGUACUUCCGAUCUGGUUGGUAUUGACGACUCCAACGAGCUGUCCACGGUCACCACCUUCCAGCAGCUGCACUCCUUUUCCAUUGGUCUGCCCGGUGCUCCCGACACGGAGGCGGCUCUCGAAGUGGCCCGUUUCCUCGGCACCAAGCACUACGCCUUCACUUUCACCAUUGAGGAUGGUCUCAACGCUCUGUCCGAUGUCAUCUACCAUCUGGAGACGUAUGAUGUCACCACCAUCCGUGCUUCCACCCCUAUGUACCUCCUGAGCCGUAAGAUCAAGGCGAUGGGCGUCAAGAUGGUUUUGAGUGGUGAGGGUAGCGACGAGAUCUUCGGUGGCUACCUCUACUUCCACGCUGCCCCCAACCGGGAGGAGUUCCACCGCGAGACUGUGCGUCGUGUCAAGAACCUGCACCUGGCUGACUGCCUCCGUGCCAACAAGUCCACCUCUGCCUGGGGUCUCGAGGCCCGUGUGCCCUUCCUCGACAAGGAGUUCCUCGAGGUGUCCAUGGGCGUUGACCCCAAGGAUAAGAUGAUCACGGGCGACCGCAUUGAGAAGUACAUCCUGCGCAAGGCCUUCGACACCAGCGACGAGCCGGAUGUCGCUCCCUACCUCCCGGACAAGAUCCUCUGGCGUCAGAAGGAGCAGUUCAGCGACGGUGUUGGCUACAGCUGGAUUGAUGGCCUCAAGGACGAGGCGGAGCGUCAGGUCACGGAUGAGAUGAUGAAGAACCCCAAGCCCGAGUGGGGCAACGACAUCCCCGACACCAAGGAAGCGUACUGGUACCGUAUGAUGUUCGACGAGCACUUCCCCCCUUACUGCGCGUCCACUGUCGAGCGUUGGGUGCCGACGUGGUCCAAGCAGACCGAUCCCAGUGGCAGAGCCAUCUCGACCCACAAGGCCAAGUACGAUACCGCCGCGUAA